AGAUUCUUCCCACUUGGAAAAAGGCUUUUCCUUCUUGGACAUCUGCUAGUGGAGCUUCCAGUAGCCAGAGGGAGGAGAGAGGGGUCCAGCCGCAGCUCCUGAAAUUUUCCUCUUACUUUUCAGAGGGGGAGGCUUCAAGCAGGCUGCUCUGACAUUCGGUCGGUUCAUUUUUGGGGGGUUGAAUAGACUUGUUGAUGUGCUGCUGACCCUUAAGGGCCAAACAUGAAGAUAGGGCUGUCUCUGGCCACUGCUGCCUUCGUUGCAGCCGUGUUAUCCUCCAUAGAUGCUCAAGUGGAACCCCCCUCAGACUUGAAAUUUAAAAUUCUAAAUGAAAACACAGUGGACAUGUCAUGGACAAGACCCUUGUCAAGGAUAGAGGGCUUCAGAAUACAAGUUGUAUCAGAUGCAGAUGAACCAGUCAGAGACUUUACCCUCGAUGCAUAUGCCACUACGACCUCAAUCAGUGACCUAACCCCUGACUUGGACUACUCAGUGUCCAUAAACUCCUUUUAUGGGUCAGAGGAGAGCAUUCCCAUCUUUGGACAACUGACCAUCCAGUCCAGUAACACCAGUGUACGAGUCAGGAGGCCACAGUCAGAUGCAAUCAAGUGUUCGGUCAGUGCAAUAGCAGAUUUGGUUUUUCUGGUGGACGGUUCAUGGAGUGUUGGCAGAGAAAACUUUAAGCACAUCCGUAGUUUCAUCGGCGCCAUGGCAGGGGCCUUCGACAUUGGUGAGGACAAGACCCGGGUUGCUGUGGUUCAGUACAGUACGGACACCCGCACAGAGUUCCCCCUCACCCGCUACAACAGAAGAGGAGACCUGCUCCAAGCCAUCAACUCCCUGCCAUACAAGGGGGGAAAUACUAUGACAGGUGAUGCCAUAGAUUACCUGCUACAAAACAUCUUUACGGAGGCAGCUGGAUCCAGGAAAGCUUUUCCCAAGGUAGCCAUGAUCAUCACUGAUGGAAAAUCCCAGGACCCAGUGGAGGAGUAUGCUAAAAGGCUUAGGAACAUUGGAGUGGAAAUAUUUGUCCUAGGUAUCAAAGGAGCAGAUGAGGAUGAGUUAAGGGAAAUUGCUUCCACACCUCACAACAAACACGUGUACAAUGUUCCCAACUUUGACAUGAUCCAAGAGAUACAGAAAAAGAUCAUCACAGAGGUUUGCUCCGGUGUUGAUGAGCAGCUCAGCUUUCUGGUCAGCGGCGAAGAAAUGGUAGAGCCAGCUUCUAACCUGCAGGUCACAGAAAUUGCAUCUAAGUCAAUGAGGGUGACAUGGGAUUCUUCCCUGGGUGACAUCACGGGCUACAAGGUCACCCUCGUCCCCAUGCUACCUGGAAUGAAACGCCAAGAGCUGUACAUGGGGCCCACCCAGACAUCCAUCAAUGUCCGUGACCUUUCCCCUGAGACUGAGUAUGAGAUCAGCCUGUAUGCCCUUAAAGGUCUGACUCCCAGUGAACCCAUCAUGGCAAUGGAGAAGACCCAGCCUGUCAAGGUGUCGACAGAGUGCUCUCUUGGAGUGGAUGUGCAGGCUGAUGUGGUCCUACUGGUUGAUGGCUCAUACAGUAUUGGAUUACAAAACUUUGCCAAAGUCCGUGCCUUCUUGGAGGUUCUGGUCAAUUCCUUUGACAUUGGACCCCACAAGGUGCAGAUUAGCUUGGUCCAGUACAGUCGCGAUCCACAUACUGAGUUCGCCCUCAACACUCACCAUGACAUUAGUGCUGUUGUCAAGGCUGUGCGCACAUUCCCCUACCGUGGAGGCUCUACUAACACUGGCAAGGCCAUGACUUAUGUCAGGGAGAAAAUCUUUAUCCCUGCCCGUGGAGCGAGACAGAAUGUGCCCCGUGUCAUGGUCCUGAUCACAGACGGAAAGUCAUCAGACUCGUUUAAGGAUGCUGCAACCAACCUGAGGAAUAUUGAUGUGGAGAUCUUUGCCGUUGGUGUGAAGGAUGCAGUGAGAUCAGAGCUGGAGGCCAUUGCUAAUCCCCCAUCAGACACUCAUGUCUAUGAGGUGGAGGACUUUGAUGCCUUCCAGAGGAUCUCCAAGGAGCUGACUCAGUCCAUCUGUCUGAGGAUUGAACAGGAGCUGCUCAACAUCAAAAAGAGGAGUCUGCUUCCACCGAGUAACUUGGAGUUCUCAGAGAUUACCUCCAGAAGCUUCCGUACCACCUGGACAGCUCCUGCUGCCAACGUCAUGUCUUACCUGGUGCGUUUCCGCAAGGCUGACGACGUCACUGGAGACUACGUUUCCCUGGCAGUGCCUAGUGAUACCACCACAGCUGUUCUGCCCCACCUAUUCCCCUUCACCGCCUACGAGGUCAACGUCUUUGCUCAGUAUGACAAAGGAGACAGUUUCCCAUUGACUGGUGAAGAGACCACUCUAGAAGAGCAAGGAACUGUACGAAACCUACGAGUUACAGAGGAGACAACGAACACUUUCAGGGUGUCAUGGAGAGCUGCUCCAGGCUCGGUGAUCAGGUAUCGCCUGUCCUAUGUCCCACUGAGUGGUGCUGGGGAAAUACUUGAGGCCCAAACCAUUGGAGCGGAGACGACCAUAGUUCUCCAGGAGCUUUUCCCCAUUACCACCUACCGUGUGUCUGUAUCUGCUGAGUACUCUACAGGCAUAGGGAACGAGAUGCAAGUAGAUGGCACCACCAAGGAAGUCCGUGGCUCUCCUCGUGACCUUCGCGUCUUUGAUGAGACCACAGCUACAAUGAAACUGGCAUGGCAGGCUGCUCCAGGAAAUGUCCUUCAGUACCGCAUUGCCUUCAAACCUGCUGAGGGUGGUGAGAGGAAGGAGAUAUCCGUCAAAGGAAAUACUACCCAGGCUGUGCUGAAGAACCUCCAACCAUCCACUGAAUAUGAGCUGUUUGUUAGUGCUCGCUACUCCUCCGGUUUGGGUGAUCCUCUUCUGGGCACAGGAACCACCUUAGAAGAGCUCGGUUCACCCAGAGACUUGGUGACCAGAGACGUCACUGACACCAGUUUUGCUGUGUCUUGGACCGCGGCCCCGGGUAACGUUCGUCAGUACCGGAUCAGGUGGAAGUCUCUGUUCACUGAAGAGGCUGGGGAAAAGACAAUACCAGGAGAAACCACUGCCACAGUUCUGGAGGGUCUCACCCCAGAGACACGUUAUCAGGUGUCUGUGUUUGCUGGCUAUGGCCAUGGAGAGGGCCAGCCAUUGGAUGGAGAGGAAACCACGGAUGUCUCGGCCGCUGGCAGAGCGAUUGUUGUCUCUGAGGAGACGGAGAAGUCCAUGAAGGUAACAUGGCAACCGGCACCUGGAAAUGUACUCAACUACCGCGUUACGUACAAACCCAAGUCGGGAGGGCGACAACUAGCAGCCAAGGUGCCCGGUGGCACCACCUCCACUGUGUUGAGGCGCCUUACUCCCCUCACCACCUACGACAUCACUGUUCUGCCAGUGUAUCGCUUCGGAGAAGGCAAAGCAAGGCAAGGAGAAGGAACAACACUGUCACCUUUCAAAGGUCCCAGGAACCUCCAGACAUCGGAACCUUCCAAGACCAGUUUCCGUGUAACCUGGGACCAUGCUCCUGGUGAUGUUAAGGGCUACAAAGUCACUUUCCACCCUGUUGGGGAGGACAUUGACCUGGGUGAACUUCUGGUUGGUCCCUAUGACAACACUGUGGUGCUAGAGGAGCUGAGAGCUGGUACCAAAUACACAGUGAAUGUGUUUGGUAUGUUUGAUGGAGGAGAGAGUAUGCCAUUGGCUGGAGAGGAGAAAACCACUCUCUCUGAUGCACCUGAGCCUCCACCUUUUGAGGCACCCGAUGUGAUGUGUAAGACCAAGGCACAGGCUGAUAUUGUGCUGCUGGUGGAUGGCUCCUGGAGUAUCGGACGUCUCAACUUCAAGACCAUUCGUGCCUUCAUCGCCCGUAUGGUGGGAGUCUUUGACAUUGGCCCUGAAAGGGUCCAGAUCGGUCUUGCUCAGUACAGUGGAGACCCAAAGACUGAAUGGCACUUGGAUGCUCAUCGAACCCGGGACUCUCUCCUGGAAGCUGUGGCUAACCUGCCCUACAAAGGAGGAAACACCCUGACUGGUCUGGCUUUGAACUACCUCCUCCAGAACAAUUUCAAAGAGAAUGUUGGGAUGCGACCCAACUCUAGAAAGAUCGGUGUGUUGAUCACUGACGGCAAAUCCCAGGACGAUGUCAUUGUCAACUCUCAGAACUUGCGUGAUCAGGGCAUUGAGCUCUAUGCCAUUGGUGUGAAGAAUGCUGAUGAGAAUGAGUUGAGGUCCAUUGCCACUGACCCGGAUAGUAUUCACAUGUACAACGUGGCUGACUUCUCCUUCCUGUUGGACAUCGUUGACAACCUUACAGACAACCUCUGUAACAGUGUCAAGGGACCAGGAGAUGCACCUGGUGCUCCCACUGACCUGGUGACAUCAGAGGUGACUCACCGCUCCUUCCGAGCCACCUGGACUGGCCCUGAUGGCCCGGUGGAAAAGUACCGUGUGGAGUACAUGAUAUUGUCAGGACGCCCACAACAGGUGUUUGUGGAUGGUACUGAGACCACGGUGGUUCUCCAGGGCCUCGACCCUCAGACAGAGUACCUGGUCAACGUCUACUCAGUAGUGGGAGAGGAGAGCAGCGAGCCUCUCAAAGGAACUGAGACCACACUGCCUCUGAGUGCCGUAAGAAGGAUGGACAUUUACGAUGAGCAGACCACCACCAUGCGGGUGAGAUGGGAGGAGGUGGAUGGUGCUACUGGCUACAUGCUGCUCUACAGCGCUAUCAAUGCCACUCAGCCCACCCUCGAGCAGGAGGUCAGAGUGGGAGGGGAUACAACUGAUGUCCAGCUGGUGAAGUUACUCCCCAACACCGCCUACACACUCUCCCUCUUUGCCCUGCACGGAGAAUCAGCAAGUGAACCACUGACCAAGCAGGGAGUCACCCUGCCCCUGCCACCUGCGGGUGAACUGAGGGUUCGUGAUGUCACCCACAGCACCAUGAGGCUUAUUUGGGAUGCUGCUCCUGGUCGUGUUCUCAAGUACCUCAUCACCUACAAGCCUGAGGAUGGAGAUGCUAAAGAACUUGAAGUGGAAGGAAGUGUGACCACCAGACAAUUGGACAACCUGAUCUCGCAGACUGAGUAUGGCCUGGCUGUUACUCCGAUCUAUGAUGAGGGAUCUGGUCAGCCGAUGUUGGGAGAGGCAAUCACUGAUGUGGUUCCUGCCCCAAAGAACCUGCAAUUCUCAGAAGUUACCCAGACCAGCUUCAGAGCCACCUGGGAUCACGGAGCCCCUGACGUGGCUCUGUACCGCAUUGGCUGGACUAAGAACGGAGAUACCAACUUCCAAUACGCCAUUCUAAACAGCGAUGAGACAACCCACGUUCUGGAGAACUUGGAGCCAGACACGCCCUAUGAUGUGUCUGUCACCGCAAUAUAUCCAGAUGAAUCAGAGAGCGAGGAUCUGCUGGGCACUGAGAGGACAUUGUCCAAGCAAGGUGGUAGCACAACACCUAAUGGACCUCCGACCAACUUGGUUGUGUUCAACGAAACCACCACCAGUAUUAACGCCAGGUGGAAUCCAGCUCCAGGCCGCGUCCAGAACUACAAGAUCACUUACGUCCCCACAUCUGGAGGCAGGAGCCAGACUACCCAGGUUGGAGGGAAGAAAACUACUGUCCUGCUUCCCAAACUGACCCCUGACACCGAAUACUCCAUCAGCGUGGUGGCGGUCUACGCCAGAGGAGUCAGCAAGGAGCUGAACGGCCUUGGAAAGACCAAGCCUUUGGGUGGUGUUAGGAACCUGCAGGUCACUGACCCCUCUACCAGCACCCUGAAUGUCCAGUGGGAGGCUGCUGAGGGCAAUGUGCGUCAGUAUAGGAUCUUCUAUGUCCCUGUAGCUGGAGGAGAGGAAGAGAUGGUCCAGGUAUCAGGCAGCACCUACAACACUGUGCUGAAGAACCUGCAGUCUGAUACUGUCUACACUGUAACUGUGGUUCCUGUCUUCUCCACUGGAGAGGGACAACGCAUGUCUGAGAAUGGCAAAACAUUGGAGCGUAGCCCAGUCAGGAACAUCCAGGUUUUCAACCCUUCCACCAACACUCUGAACGUUCGCUGGGAGGCUGCCACAGGCCCAGUCCAGCAGUACCGGGUGGUCUAUGCUCCUCUGACUGGCGCCAGGCCCUCUGAGUCGAUUGUGGUACCAGGGACCACCACCAUGGCCCUGCUGCAGCAGCUGCUCCCAGACACAGAAUACAAUGUUGGAGUGGUUGCCCUGUAUAGCGACGGCGAAGGACCUGCUAUCAGUGACACCGGAAAGACGUUGCCCCGUAGUGGCCCAAGGAACAUGCGUGUAUAUGACCCCACCCCCAGUACUCUCUCUGUGAGCUGGGAACAUGCUGAAGGUCCCGUCAUGCAAUACCGCAUCACCUAUGCCCAGACCACAGGAGACCCCAUCGAGGAAUAUACUACAGUACCAGGAAACAGAAACAAUGUGAUCCUGCAGAACCUAGACCCAGACACUCCUUAUAAUAUCAAAGUGACUGCCGUGUAUGCUGAUGGACCAGGAGGAGAGCUAGAAGGAGAUGGACGCACAGUGGGAAUGCUCGGCCCCAGGAACCUUCGUGUUUCUGAUGAGUGGUACACACGCUUCAGGGUGUCCUGGGACCCCGCCCCCGCCGCUGUUAAUGGAUACAAGCUUCUCUACAAGCCUGAGGGCUCUGAUGAGUUUUGGGAGAUGGUCGUUGGAGAUGUGACCUCCUACCAACUGCAUAACCUGAAACCUGGAACCACCUAUGACCUGGAGGUGCUGGCACAGUACAACACAGGCCUUAGUGCCGCUUUGAUUGGACAAGGCACCACAUUGUACCUGAAUGUGACAGACCUCACCACCUACAAUGUCGGCUAUGACUCCUUCUGCCUCCGAUGGGCCCCUCACAGAGCAGCCACCUCCUACAGACUCAAAGUCAAUCCUUUUGACACCUCCAAGAGUGGAGCUCAGGAGAUCACUGUCAGAGGCUCGGAGAGUAGUUACUGCUUUGAUGGCUUGACCCCUGACACUCUCUACAACUCCACAGUGUAUGCCCAAACCCCCAACCUGGAGGGACCUGGAGUCAGCGUAAAGGAGAGAACAUUGGUCAAACCCACAGAGGUGCCAACCGAGCCUCCCACCCCCCCUGCUCCAGCAACAGUCCCCCCUGCGCUAGAUGUGUGCAAAGGUGCCAAGGCAGACCUGGUCUUCCUCAUUGAUGGUUCCUGGAGUAUUGGAGAUGAGAGCUUCAACAAGGUCAUCCAGUUUGUCACAAGCAUGACUGGAGCCUUUGAUGUCAUCAGCCCUAGCGGCAUGCAGGUUUCAUUUGUGCAGUACAGUGAUGACGCCAAGACUGAGUUCAAGCUGAACACCUACCAUGACAAGGGCAUAGUGUUAUCAGCUUUGCAGACUGUGCGCUACAGAGGAGGCAACACCAAGACAGGUGUUUCUCUGAAGCAUGUCUAUGAGAAGGUUUUCACCUCAGACAGUGGCAUGAGGAGGAACGUCCCGAAAGUGCUGGUGGUGGUCACAGAUGGACGCUCCCAGGAUGACGUGAAGAAGAGUGCAGAAAAACUGCAGCAUUCUGGCUACAGUGUGUUUGUGGUUGGAGUGGCUGAUGUGGACAUGACAGAAUUGAGAAUUAUCGGCAGCAAGCCCAGUGAGAGACAUGUGUUUGUGGUAGACGACUAUGACGCUUUUGCCAAGAUCCAGGACAACCUGAUCACCUUCAUCUGUGAAACGGCCACUUCCACUUGUCCUCUGAUCUACAUCAAUGGGUUCACAACACCUGGCUUCAGGAUGCUGGAAGCUUUCAAUAUUACAGACCGAACAUUCGCUGCCAUGAAUGGUGUGUCCAUGGAGCCGGGCUCCUUCAACAGCUACAUUGCCUACAGGCUGCACAAGGAUUCCUUCCUUAACCAGCCCACCAAAGAGAUCCAUCCAGAGGGUCUUCCCCCAUCCUACACCAUCAUCCUGCUCUUCCGCCUGCUGCCCGACACACCUUCUGAACCUUUUGAUAUCUGGCAGAUUGCUGACAAAAACAACAACCCAGAGGUCGGGAUCACCAUCAACCCUUCCAGCAAAACAAUCGCGUUCUACAACAAGGACACCCGAGGAGAGAUCCAGAGAGCCACAUUUAAUGAGGAGCAAGUGAAGCCUGUUUUCCAUGGGAGCUUCCAUAAGCUCCACAUCACCAUCUCUCCAGAGAAAGUCAAGCUCAAUGUGGACUGCCAAGAGGUGGCAGAGAAGCCCAUCAAGGAGGCCAACAACAUCACACUGGAUGGCCUGGAAGUGCUUGGCAAGAUGGUCAAGUCUGGAGGCGGAAAGAGGCAGUCUGCAACAUUCCAGCUCCAGAUGUUCGAUAUUGUCUGCAGCUUGAGCUGGACCAGCCGAGACAGAUGCUGCGACCUGCCCGCCACAAGAGAUGAGGCCAAGUGUCCAUCCCUUCCCCACUCUUGCACAUGCACACAGGACAGCAUUGGCCCUCAGGGGCCUCCUGGACCUUCGGGCAGCCCAGGUUCUAAGGGACCACGAGGAGAUAGAGGAGAACCCGGCAACACUGGUUCAAUGGGUCCACGCGGUGAUCCAGGACUCCCAGGCGCAAUGGGACCACCGGGUCCACAAGGCCCUAAUGGACUGUCUCUACCUGGAGAACCUGGUCGCCCGGGACCAAAGGGAGAUCGCGGAGACCCGGGCCUGUCUGGCCUGCAAGGUUCUCCCGGGCCACGUGGUCCUCUGGGCCCCGUUGGACCAAGCGGAGUGCGGGGGCCACCAGGAAAGGAGGGACCAUCUGGACCCAGAGGCCCAUCAGGGCCCAUGGGAAGCCCCGGAAAUCCAGGUGUACCAGGAAUUACUGGAAAACCAGGGAAACCAGGAGAUCCAGGAAACCCAGGGCCUGUUGGCCUUAAAGGAGAGAAAGGAGAGAGGGGAGACUUUGCAUCCCAGAACAUGAUGCGCUCCAUUGCCAGACAAGUUUGUGAACAGCUUGUGAACAGUCAGAUGAGCAGAAUUGACAUGAUGCUCAACCAGAUUCCUUCUGGAUAUCGCAGCAACACUCCAGGGCCACCUGGCCCUGCUGGCCCUCCUGGCAACCAGGGAUCCCGUGGAGAGCCUGGACAACCUGGUCGAACUGGUUUCCCUGGAAACCCAGGUUUACCUGGAAGUCAAGGAGAGAGAGGUUUGCCAGGAGAGAAGGGAGAGAGAGGAUCUCAAGGAACUAGUAUGAGAGGACAAAGAGGCCCAAGUGGGCCACCAGGGCCACCAGGAGAGUCAAGAACGGGACCUCCAGGUCCUUCUGGCUCUGCUGGGCCUCGUGGCCCACCAGGUCGCCAAGGUACUCCCGGGGUGAGGGGACCACCAGGACCCCCUGGAUAUUGCGACUCCUCUCAGUGUGUUGGCAUUCCUUAUAAUGGACAAGGAUACACAGGUUUGGCAUAGUAAACGUUCUAAGUGACCUGUGCCGCUUACACUUUGAAGUCCUGUUUCUGAGAUUGCCCAUUUGCUAUGGGGCAUGUAAGGAUAAUCACCAUGGACAUAAUUAUUGAACAUUAACAACAAACAUUACGAAAGCCAAAAAACAGAACGGAGUGGACUGGCACUAACAUCAUCUCACAGCUACAAGCUACAGUGAUGGCAACCUGCUGGCCUGUUUGCAUCUUAAACCACAAACCGUUGGGGGAAAAAAAAAACAGAGACUGUGCAUUUCUACGAAGGAAGGAGCAUGUACAAAUACCACCCAAAACAACUACUAACAAAGAGGAUUUCAUAACUGAAAGCAAUGUUAAUGUGGAGGUGAUGUGUAAAUAAAACUAAUUUUUGUGCCUUGUAAAUGAUUGUAUGAACCAGGACAUUUCACUAAAAAUCAAGUUAACAUCUGUAUUGAGCUUGUGCCUCAUAACCCUCUGCUUACUUACCACCAGCAUAACCUCUGUUUAUGACGCCUCAAGUGACUUAAACAGCUCUGGUCCAGACUGAAGCAUGUUCCACUUGUACUUUUAAUCAUCAUGUUCUUUGUGUACGUUGGCUAAAUGUUGCUCUCUUGCCAUUUCCAUGUGUCCUUUGUAGUAUCAGCUGGUUAUUUUACUACGUCUUAUUAUCCAAUUGCUUGUAAAUGUCAUCACAGCAUUUGAAACUGUUUUUUAUUUAGCUUUUUUGGUACUUUAGGAAGCAGUAGUUUGACACAGAACAUUUUUUGGAAUUCCAAUGUGCAAUAUAAUUUGAAUUGUGCAUGUGAAAAGUUAUAGAAGGAAUCCUUUUUUUGAUUGGCCGUCCCGAAUAUUUUUCUAGCCAACCGCUACCAGCCUGAACCUGAGGUAGAGUCUAUACCUGUGGAGCCAGCUGGAGAGUUUGAGACAAUACAAUCACCCGGUUACUCACGAAACCAACGAGGAAAGAGGUCACUACCACAAGAAAAUACAGAAGCACUAGCAUCAUAGCUACAAUGAGCAGUUCUCAGAAAGUGUAAUAUUGAAAUAGCAUCCAUGAUCACUUAUGUAAAGUGAUUUUCAGAACAAAAUUAGUACUUAUAUGGGUUUGAUACCCCCUGGCUAUAUUGAAAAUAUAUAUUUUUCUGACAUGAGAAAGUUUAGCAAGAUGAAUACAAACCUACAUGUUCGUUCAUUACAAACCUGUGUGCUUGCUAAGUGUUCCCUUUAAGUGUCUGCUUGUAACAUAACUGCAAGUGUUUAUCGGACUCCAAUGUGUAAUGCACUAAUCAUGUGAAAACCAGCAAGUAUGUCGAAGGAAGUACAGUAUGUAUGUUUUUGAACACUUUCAGACUAUGUCAAACUUCAGUAUGUAAAGCUGUUUCAGAUACUCUAACGGAAAAAAAGACAAUUAAUUCGAUCUCCAAAGAUUUGUUCAUUGUGAUGUUUUCUUAGGCCUGUAAACCAAAUGAUUAUCUGACUUAUUGUAACAAACCAAACUUUUUUUUUUGUUACCAAAGGUGGAAUUGCAUGUUUGUGUUGUAUAUUUACUGAGGAUUUCUAAGUCAGAAUAUAGUUGUUGUUUUCUAUCUAUGCAGUUUGGAUUUGGUUGCAAGACUAUGGACAUAGAAUUGCUUUUCUCAUGUUUUAACUGCACAUUUUGUGAAUUCCACACAGCCUUAUUUUCUUAUUUAUUUCUGAAACAGAAGAGGCAUUUUUCAAUAAAACUACUGAAAAUGUA